ACGCGUGAUUAUGGCAUUGCGGAAAUGUUUUGCCGGGAGUAUGUCGAGCGCAUCGUUAAGGAUGUGUUCACAUCAUACGGUGGGAGCGCCCUUGAGACGCCUGUGUUCGAGCGUAAGGACGUGCUUACCGGAAAGUACGGCGAGGACCAAAAGCUCAUUUUUGACUUGAUGGACCAGGGGGGUGAACAGCUCGCACUUCGGUACGAUCACACUGUUCCUUUGGCACGGUAUCUAGCUAUGGCUGGUGCUACGGUCCAAGCGAAGAUCUGGCAGGUCGGCAAGGUCUACCGGAGAGACAAUCCUGUGAUGUCGAAAGGCCGAAUGCGCGAGUUCUCACACGCAGAUUUGGAUAGUACAGGUGUAUGGGACCCAGUGAUCCCAGAUGCUGAGCUUAUCAGUCUACUAUGCACUAUCUUAACGAGAUUGGAUGUUGGAGAAUUUACCACCAAGCUAAAUCACCGCAAAAUUCUUGAUGGGAUCUUCGAGGUUUGUGGUGUACCACAGGCCAAGAUUCGAUCGAUAUCCUCGGCUGUGGACAAGUUGGAUAAGCUCCCCUGGAUCGAAGUGAAGAAAGAAAUGACAGAAGAGAAAGGCCUUUCUUCAGAUGUCGCUGAUAAGAUCGGAGAGUAUGUCAAGCACAAAG